ACUGGUUCAGGAUGGUAAAGACGCUGUGAGAGAAGGCGAUUUGCACAAAGCGCUUCAGUUCUUCAAGUCAGCUCACAACAUUCAGCAGAGUCAAAAACUUGAGAGCAGGAUAAAGAAAAUUGAAGACUUUAUUGCUCAGGAUGACUUGAAGGAUGAAGAUGAAGAGUAUGUCAAUGUGAAAAACUGUGGGCUUAUGCUUUUUAAGGACUUGCAUGACAAACUUUACGACUACCAAAGACAUGGAGUGGCCUUCUUAUACAGUCUCUACAGAGAUGGUCGUAAGGGGGGGAUUCUGGCUGACGACAUGGGCCUCGGUAAAACCAUACAGGUCAUAUCUUUCCUCUCCGGUAUGUACGAUAAUGAACUGGUUAAGCACAUUCUGCUCAUCAUGCCAACUUCUCUCCUAACAAACUGGACCAAGGAAUUUGCCAAAUGGACUCCCGGCAUUAGAGUCAAAGGGUUUCAUGGUGCUAGCAAAGCAGAGAGGACCAGAAAUUUGGAGAAAGUUCAGAGGAGAGGUGGGGUUAUCAUCACCACCUACAAUAUGCUUCUAAACAACUGGCAACAGCUCUCGUCAUACCACAACAGAGAGUUUGUAUGGGAUUAUAUGGUCCUGGAUGAGGCACACAAGAUCAAAUCUUCAGCCACCAAAACGGCAAAGAGUGCCUAUGCCAUACCAUCAAAAAACAGAGUUCUUCUCACAGGAACUCCAGUGCAGAACAACCUGAGAGAAAUGUGGGCUCUCUUCGACUUCGCUUGUCAGGGCACUCUCCUCGGGACUGCUAAAACAUUCAAAGCAGAGUAUGAGAACCCCAUCACCCGUGCCAGGGAGAAGGACGCCACUCCAGGGGAAAAGGCUCUGGGCUCACGCAUGUCUGAAACCCUGAUGGCCAUAAUAAAACCAUACUUCCUCCGCAGGACAAAGACUGAAAUCCAGAAAGAGAAAACGAAUGGUGCACAUCCAACCAAGGAGGAAAAUUCUGACAACAAGGAGAACCAAGUCCCACACCAUCAGAAAGACUCUGGAGCAGUCACGCCAAAACUGACAAGAAAGAACGACCUGAUUGUCUGGACUUAUCUGAGCUCAGUUCAGGAGGAAAUAUACAGGCAGUUCAUUUCACUGGACCACAUCAAGGAGCUGCUCAUGACCAGCAGAUCCCCCUUAGCUGAGCUAAACAUACUGAAAAAGCUGUGCGACCAUCCCAGACUGCUCUCUGCUGGAGCCAUAGCUA